CAACCAAAGAUGUCUACCUUCUCUACCGUUAAAGCUUCCAACUGGAGAUACGUUGAAUUAGGCCGUGUUGUUUUGGUUAACAACAAGGACUUGGCCACCAUCGUUGAAAUCAUUGACCAAAAGAGAGUCUUGAUUGAUGGUCCAAAGAUCCAAAGACAAGCCAUUGCUUUGGCUAAGGUUGUCUUGACCCCAAUUGUUUUGCCAAACUUGCCAAGAGGUUCCAGAACUGCCACUGUCACCAAGAAGUGGGCUGCUGCUGAAAUCGACUCCAAGUGGGCUGCUACUUCUUGGGCUAAGAAGUUGGCUGCUAGAGAAAGAAGAUCCCAAUUGUCUGACUUCGAAAGAUUCCAAGUGUUAGUCUUGAAGAAACAAAGAAGAUUCGCUGUCAAGAAGGCUCUUGCCAAGGCUUAAACAUUCUAAAAAUCUACUGAUCAAAUCUUUUCAUAUCUUAUAUGUGUGUAUUCUUAGUUUAAUUAGUUUGAGGGUAUCAUAGUUAGGUUUUUUUAAUGUUAACGUUCCAUAAUUUUGUAUAGAAACAAAAAUAUCACAUCCAAAAACUAU